CCUGCCACCUGUGUGAUGAAUUCCAAAUGACAUCUCCUCCAGGGUGUGUCUCUCUCCCUGGUGGAGCCAUGCUGCUACUUUAGGGGUCUUUUGGGGGGGUUGCCACGUCACAUCAUGAAAGGCUACACCCCCCACCGCACACAUCACAUCACUGACUGUGACCCUCCGCACUCGCCCUCCCGCCUAGAUCCAAUGUACCCACCCUCAGCAAGUUCCACCCUCUCGCGUCAACCCUACAUUGUCCCUUCUUCCACCAUGGAUCACUAUGGAGCCCUGGAGCCCCAUCAUUUCUCCAAUUCACCAAGCUCAGGUGGUCUUCCCCCAGACUGCCUGAUGCCCCUCAGCAACCAGCUGUCAACCAACAGCACUUUCCCACGUAUCCAUUACAACUCCCAUUUUGAGCAGAGUGACUUCUCACCUCCAGAUGGAGACAACAUCAGGGGCAUCAGCACAGGCACACUUGGUACCUCUAUGUCCGUAGGCAUGGGAAUGAACAUGGGGCUUGGAGCAGGACGCACAACCAUGAUCACCAGUGGAUCUGCUACUAUAUCAGGUGCAGGGAAGAUGAACCGGUUACCAGCGAACCUCUUGGAUCAAUUUGAAAAGCAGUUGCCAGGGCAGAGGGAUGGAUUCAGCACCUUACAAUUUCACCGUAGCACAGCUCUGGAAACAACUAAACAACAGCAGCAGCGCACCGAUAGCCCAGGAAAGAUCCGUUAUCUGGUUCACUCUGUGCAGAAACUCUUCGCCAAAUCACAGUCACUAGAAAGCUCGGCUAUGAAGGGUAACAUGAAUGGGCGAUCAGGAAGCAGUGCCAAUGAGGACAAACACCACCGGCGCAGCAAAAGCAAAGACCGGGCCAAGAGUGAGAGCACUGCAAAACGGCGUCCACGCUCGAACAUGUCUGGCUACUGGAGCUCGGAUGACCUGGACAGUGACAUCAUUAACUACAGGAGCCCUGUGGCAAUGAUGACUCUGGGUCGUCAGAGCUCUGCAUCAGGGUCAGCACUGGAAAGCCAAGUGAAUUCAAAGUACUUAAUGCAAGGCUACAACACCAUUAGUGAGCACACACUAAAAACCUCAAAGAGCAGCAAUGACAUGAAACACCAGGGCCUCCUUGCACUACCAGGCCCUGGGGGAGGAGGAGGAGGAGGAGGAGGAGGAGGAAGAAUGGCAGUUGUGGAAGGGAAUUAUGGGAAGGGUGGACAAUGGUCCACACUCACACUGGGGCCAAGUAGACAGUUGUGCCAGAAGGGCUCAGCCACACUGGAUCGCACUCUGCUCAAGUCCAAGUCAUGCCAGCAGGAGCUGGCCUGCCAUUAUCUCCAGGUGCGAGGCAGGAUGCCCUCUACAGGAGAAUGGAGUGGAACUAUUGGUCGAGCUGAGAUUCCAUGCAGACGGAUGCGCAGUGGUAGCUACGUAAAGGCUAUGGGGGACCUGGAGGACAGCGAUGACUCAGACAGCAGCUUGAAACCCUCACCAAAAACUGCUGCGCGCAGACAGAGCUACCUGCGUGCCACACAGCAGUCCCUCAGUGACCAGUUCCCUUCCAGAAACCGUCCGCUGGACUACUCGAUGCUGCAGGGGGAUCUGGAGGCCCUAUGGUCUCCACUCCAUAGCAUUGCCACUCUGCAGCAGAUCGGACGCUCCGUAAGUUGUCUUCCAUCUCUGCGAGAAUUCUCUGGGAAUCGCAGUGUGGAUAAUUUGGACUGUAUUGGAGGUUCUGUAAGCUCAUCAUUCCCACGCUGGGAUGAUGACGACUUCAGUCAGGGCUGCAGCACACUUGGACGCAACAGCUGCAUCAGCCAGAUGCGGGAUUCAGAGUUGAACCAACGCUAUGGAGAAGACUCCUGUUCAGAAUCUGUGUUCGGAGAGAUGCACGCACUCACACGCUCUCACUCACGGGCAGAGGACCCUGAUUUGCCCACCUGCUUCCGUUCCCGAAGCCAUAGUUACCUACGCGCCAUCCAAGCUGGCUGCUCCCAAGAUGAUGACACAGCAUCACUUGAUUCAGAUUCACCACCACCCACUGCUACAACUGUACGCACUUACAGCACCAGCACCGUCUCAACAUGUAUAACAACGUGUAAGAAGAUAGCCCCGCCCCCUGUCCCUCCUCGCAAUUCCAACUCCAAGCCCUUCAUUUCAGUGACUGUGCAGAGCAGCACCGAAUCGGCACAGGACGGUUACCUGGACAACCACGACCGCAAGAGCCAGACGAACAGCAGCUCAUCAGACAGCAGCCUUACAAAAGGGUCACGGUCUCACCCACCUGUGCUUGGACCUCGUGAUCCACAGAUUCCAGCAGCUGUGGUGCUUUCACCCGACUCUUCUCGUGAGCUGCAGAAUGAGCAGGUGAAAGCAGGAGGAGCAACAGACGAACCCAGGACGGAGCCUGUACCCCGUCGCAAACUUUCCUCUAUUGGAAUACAGGUGGACAGCAUCCAGGAAAUUCAGAACCGAGUCGAGACGCCGCCGCCAUUGGCCAGAUUCCAGUCGAUUGGAGUGCAGGUGGAGGACGGCUGGACACUCAGCCGCUCCAGUAGUAUGGCAUCUAAGCAGGAAACUGACUCAGACACACAAGAUCUCUCUCUUAAUUCUGUCACCAGUCUUACAUCCAUUAACACUUCCAGACCCGCUGAGAAGAAAGUCAUGGUCAACAGUGCUAGCCAAUCUGUGGACUUCCACGCUCAAAUCUCUCUUGACAAUGGUAGCCACGACGAUGAUGUUGUGACAACCAGCGGUCCUUCCCGCCAGCUCCUGACUAAUCGCUCGACAACAAGAAGUAGCUCUUCCUCAUUUUCAGAGAGUUUAGACCCCGCACUUGACCCAUCCUCCCUGCCUCCGCCUGACCCCUGGUUGGAGAGUGGCAAUGGGACUGGAAACGGAGGCCCCACACACACGUCUUCAGCUGGCAUGUCGGCAUGUCGGAGAGAUGGGCAUUGGUUCAUGAAGCUGCUGCAGGCAGAGACUGCACGGAUGGAAGGGUGGUGCAAACAGAUGGAAGAGGAGACCAAAGAGCACCAGCUCUCUGAGGAGGUGCUGGGUAAGGUGCGCAGUGCAGUGGGCAGUGCUCAGCUCCUUAUGUCUCAAAAGUUUCAGCAAUUCAGAGGGUUAUGCGAACAAAAUUUGAAUGUGAACGCUAACCCGAGACCGACAGCUCAGGACUUGGCAGGAUUCUGGGACCUUCUGCAGCUGUCAAUAGAAGAUAUUAGUCUCAAGUUUGACGAGCUCUACCAACUCAAAGCCAAUGACUGGAAACUGGACCGAGAUUCUCCAGACAAACAGAAGAACCAGAAGCAGGCGCCACCUGUGCCAAAGAAGCCUGGGAAGAACAAGGCAGUACUGAACCGGGAGAAAAGCAGCGAGACGGCAGACAAACAGAGGCAGGAAGCCCGCAAGAGACUGAUGGCAGCCAAGAGAGCGCAGUCGGUCAAACAGAACUCGGCCACCGAGAGCUCAGACAACAUCGAGAUCUACGUCCCCGAAGCCCAAACACGCCUCUGAGAAAAGAGAAAUGAAGAAACAGGCCCACAGCUCACCCAUGUGGAGAGGGGGAAGAAUGAAAGGGAAAGGGAGUACAAGAGUGAGAAGACAUUCGAGCGCUUCACAGAUCUGCUCUAAUAUCAAAUGCAAAAUGCUCUUUAUUUUGGUGGCAGCCUAAAAUUGAGAGAGGUGAAUGUGGAAAUUGUGAACAGGCCACACAAAGAGCUUCUCUUUUCAGAGACUGCCAAGGAAAACCUCACAAAGACAUUAUUAUUAUUAUUAUUAUUAUUAUUAUUAUUGUUAUUACUUAUAAUUAUGUCACCUAAAGUCUAUAUCAGACUGUUUUAAAUGUUCUAUUAUCUUGAAUAAGAGAUUUAAUCUAUGUGGACUAAGGUAGCCACACUUGGAUUUUUUUUUUUUUUUGCCCUUCAUCACCCCAUCCAGUAGAAAAUCCUCCUCUGAAGUUUCCAUACACACACUUGCUUGGAGGAUUCCUUCUUGCGUGUGCCCUCUCUGAAAUACUCGUCUUCCUGUUUACUAAUUUGGUUUAUUGAUUUCAGCCUCUAGUGCAAGUUAUAGAAAUUGUGUCUUUGCGCUAAACAGUAACAGAUAAACAAAAGCCUGUUAGAGUGGAAAAGAAUGGUGUAGACAUUUAGGCCACUUUGUUAUUUCACCCAGCUGGUUUUCACUCCUGCUUUGACUUUUUUAUUCAUGGUAAACUUUCAUACCAUUUAUCGGGUGCUUGCGUAAAGAUACCGCACAUGCACUCCAUUUUAUCGGAGCAAUAAGUACGACUCUUAUUGAAAACGUAAUUAAAAAGCAUAAGCAAAAUAAAAACCACUGAUUAGUAUUAAAUGUAGGACGUUUUGGUGGAUUUUGAAGAAAGUAUUGCCUAUUGUAUUAUCUUGAUAUAUCUUGAUCAUAUAACAGUGAUCUAGUAAUGUUUGACUGAACCACAAGACGUACAAUAAAGCUUAUUGUCCCUUUAAUGAUUAUGUUUAUACCCAAUUUGCAUUUAGCUACAGAAAGUAAUGAGAGAAAGCAUGUUUUAGUUGUUUUAAAUAUACUUGCCUUUCAUUAAAUACAGUUAGAAAUGUCACUUUUUCAUACUGAAGGUAGAAACUCUGUUCUUUCAGGAAUGGAGGUAGGGCCUCAUCAUCACAACAAACCCAUGGCCAAAGUUAGUACUUAUUUUUUAUUUAUUUUAUUUUUUUUGCUGUAAGAAAAAUAUCUGAUCAUGAAAUAUAAGUGAUUAAUGAACUCAAUCUAAAAUGCACACCCUGAUUCAACAAUCGUUUUAUUUAAUCAAAUUCAGGCAUUCUGAAGCUGUGUAACAUUACAAUUCACAGUUAAAACAAUCCUACAGUCUAUGCAGUGACAGCAUUUCUCUCUGGUAUUUGGGUCCUACAUCGUGUGAGUUGUCCUGAGAAUGUGGCAUUUAUUCUGCAUUUCACAGUCUGUUUUUGUUUAGGAUUAUUUUUUUUUUUUAUUCUAAUUCAUUUACUUUGUUUAUCUUGUUAUUUAUCCUCAUUGAAGUUACCUGUCUGUUUAAAAAAAGGAUCAUUAAAUUCUGUUGUUUUAUAUGGAUUUGUUAGGUGUCAUUUCAGACUUUUUCUGGUUUAUCUAUAACGAGGACAGGAUUUCAAACAGCAGCUUUAAUUGAGCUUAUCUAAUUUGUAUCAGGAUAGUGUUGUAACAAAACUGAAAUUACAAGCUGCAUCCACUUUCUUCAGUAUUGGGUAAUUUAUCCACGCUGCUUUACAGGCGGUUCAUUGUGACUCUUUAGUUAUUAGUCUAGCACUGUUGUGCUUAAAGCAUGCUGACAUUCCUAAGGAGUAAUGCCAGUACUUUUGGGUCAUGGGCAACAGGAAGCUGAUAACACUUUUGUUACAAAAUAGCUCCAGGCUAUUUUGUCAACACGCAGUGGGACAUGCUUUAUUAUUUUUUCAUGAGAAAUUAAAUUUACAUUCAGAUAUGAAGACUAAGCAAUGCAAAAAUUCUUUUAUUUGACACGCUCCAUUUAAAAAGGGACAUAUGUGCAUUUUAACUAGAAAAGGCCCAUCCAUUGGCCCACCUGCUUUCUUUAAACAGACCCACACACACAAACACUCUGUAAGGUGAAAUGGUUGAGUGAUUGGCUCCCUUUGUCUGCAGUGUUGUGUGUUAGUCAGGCCAGUGAUGGCUCCCUUUGCUGUUUGCAGUAAUGGUGUGAAUGGGAUCUCCUCUCUCACUCUCUGCCGCUUCUCUCCAUUUGGCUCGGGGGUGAAUCGUUAACGCCUGUGGCUUUGUGUGCUGAUGGCCUACAGCUUAUCCCUCCACAGGGUUUAAAGACAUGUCUGACAAAUCCCUGCAGAACUACUUCAACAGCCCAACUUCUAAAUAAGGUGAAUUGGGGUUUCAAAUUGGUUAGUGAAGUUUGCUUAUUCUGAGUCUGAAAUCAGCUAAAUAGAGUUGUGCUCUCUGCAGGUUAGAACAAAUCGUGUUGGGAAAGAGUCAUUUGUAUGAAUCAUCGUUGCUUUUAUGCUGUCUUCUUAUUACACAAUAGCAAAGACAGCUGUUUUUUAAAUUGCAAUUCUCAAAAUGAAUUCUAGAGAAUAGUCCAUGAAUGGUUAGAACAUAAGGGGCAAAAAGCGUCACCAUGAGUCGUGGCCAGUAUAUAGAAUAAUCAGCACUGUCUAAAGCACAUUAGCUUGUCAUCUGAAUUUAGAUGAAUUUCUAUACAGAUGGGGCAAAGUAAAACAUUAUAAUAAAUGUAUUCACCGAAAUUAAAUAUUGGACAAUUGUAAGAUUCAAUCCUUGAUUCAAACAAUGACGACUCAACAUGAACCACAUCUACAAGGCUUUAAAUACAUUAGUGUCUGUUACACUGCAGUUAGGAAGAGGAAGACAAUGUAAACACAGAGACGAAUGGUUUCGGAUUUCCCUCUUUAUCUUGCAGAUCCACGUUUUCAUCAUGUUCACUACAUUUCAGUAAGUUCUAAUAACAUUUUUGUGCAUAUUGGAUUACUUUGUCUUUGUUCAUUUAAAGUAUUUACGUUUCCAGCUUUGCAAAAUUCUUUUCUCAGUCCUUUGUCACAUGAACUAGAAAUGUUCUUAGAUCUUGCAUCUGUUCCUUGAUUUCAUGUACUCUAGUCUGAUUGUAUUUUAUUUCACAAGUCUGUUUUAUUGAUCAUGUAUGCAGGCUUUCCAUGGGAUUACAAUGGCCCAAUACACUCCAUGUCAUCGUUGAUGCGAAGUGUGUUUAAAAACUGGGAAACAGCAGUCUGACAGCAGAAAAACCCCACAUGCGGAAUUGCGGGACAAUAUUUUGAAACAACUUUCAAUUGAGAGACACUCUGGAAAGACCUCUGGUUUCUGCCCUGCACACGCUGCUUAUGUUCUAAAGUUUUUAAUAUACCUCUUAAGUAACUGACACGUGGCACAAUUCUGGUAGGCUACAGCCAAGCUGGGUUAGAGGAAGCCCAAAUGCUGACCCUGUACUGACCUGCAACCUGCACUCGGCCAUAAGUGUACACUUCUACCUGGUUUUUAUCUAACCUGCAAAAAAGAAAAAAGAACUAGGCUUGCUCUCGAUACUUUGUCUUUCUCUGGCUAAGUUUCUUUUAAAUCCAUUUGGUUAAUCUACAGGGGCUAUAUUAAGGGGUCAAUGAGAACUCAGUAUUCAAUGCAAGUAUCUGUAGCAAAAAAAAAACGACAACAGAUAAUUAUUCUAAUAAUUGAUAUUUUAUGAAAUAAGCACAUAUUUUACUGACUAGGAUUUGUUAGAUAUAUCUAAUUCUAUUCUAUUCUAAAUCAGUUUUAGGCUGUGUAUGUCAGGGUCUUUUGUUUUAGUAAGAAAUACAAUAAAAUGGACUUAAGUUAA